UUUCUAAGUAAUUUCAUUAACAAUAAAUCUGGUUGCCUCCCUUGUACAGAGCACUCUAUUGUGGACAGACUUCAAGCAGAGGCAGAAAGACCAUCAGGAGAAAACUCCAGUUUUGCAGGUAUUGAGUGACCAGCAAGUUUUCCAUCUCCUGAGGAAGGGCAGCCUGGGAGAAAGAGGACACAGAACCCCUUUCCCACAGUACCUCUGGGUUCUCUGUGUGGGCAGCCAAGGGAGAGGUGCAAUGAGACUACUCUUUUGAGCUUCUGCCCACCCAUCAGCAUUGGAUUAGAGAUUCUGGACUAAAUGACUUUCUCCAGGGAUAGUUGCUGGUGGACAAAACUUCCGGAGUUCCAACAGACCAGCUAAUGGCAGACUGGGUCUCCUAGAUUCCCUGAGACUGAGGAGAGAUGUCUUACCAGCAGCAGCAGUGCAAGCAGCCCUGCCAGCCACCUCCUGUGUGCCCCACGCCAAAGUGCCCAGAGCCAUGUCCACCCCCGAAGUGCCCUGAGCCUUACCUGCCUCCUCCUUGUCCACCUGAGCAUUGCCCACCUCCACCAUGCCAGGAUAAAUGCCCUCCUGUGCAACCGUACCCACCCUGCCAGCAGAAGUAUCCACCUAAGAGCAAGUAACAUCACUAGAAUUCAUCGGGACCAUGAAACAACAAGAUCCAGUGGCUCUUCUUAGUCCCAGCACUCCAUCGUCUUCCCUUCAGCUGUAGUGGGAGGCUGCAUCUUCCCUAAUCUUUGCCUGGCUUGAGAGUUGACAGAGAAAAGGCUUAGUUCUGAAAACCGAUAUGUUGUUGGAAGAUGAGCAGCCGGAUCAUCGCCUAAUCUCGCUUUGCUGUCUGUGAUGUAGAUGGUGGUUCCUAUCCCGAGAGCAAGUGUGUUUAUUCUUUUGCUUCUUCCCAAUAAAGCACACGUUUCAUGGUUAA